UUGCCAUGUCCAAUUGACGCCCCUCGCCGUCCACCAGACCGCCAGAUGACAAGUGUGCACAGUCUUUACGCACGGAGAGCGCAUGGAGAGCUUGCGAGCACGCAUGGGGGUCCCUCCCUACCAGGUUGCCCGUGGCCUCCUCACCCCGUCGGGCAACUCCGAGACUCUGUCAAACCCUCUUGACCCCCUCGUUUCCCUCUCUCUACCUUUCCUCUGAAGAAACAACCCGGCGUUACGUCAGAAAGUGCAGGGCAAGCAAGACAGCGUCUUAGGAGCUAUUCGUAGGCAUUGCUGCCAAACCCGGCUUGGGGCUGCUCAUGAGCUCACUGCAGCCAAUGCAAUUUACAAAUCCAACUCUUUUAAAACAGCAGCAGUAUGUGGUAAGUCCAAUUAUUCAUUCAUACUGUUUGAUUUCCUCGCUGAGAUUUUUUUUUUUUAAUCUCACAGCUUUCUUCACAUGACAGGUCUCUGUUGCUGGCACAAUUGCGCAAAAAAAGAAACACACACACAGCAGUGUAAACGGCGUAAAGAUAAUGAGUAGACUGGUUUACACUGUAGCCUCACUGAAAACACCAUGACAUGAUGAAGCAACAGAGAUCUUUGACGCACAGAGAUUUCUACAGCAUUUUUUUGUCUUUGAUUCUUUGCUGAUCUCAAAAACAACAUGCCCCACGCUCGAAAUAGGAACCCUAGCCCCAUCCCAGAGGUAACAUGGGACACGGGAUUGAAGGAGAUGAACGAGACCUGGAAAGGAGCUAUAGCCUGUCUCGGGGUGGCCGUCUUCUUUGUAAUGACCAUCGGGAUCAUUUACUGGCAAGUGGUGGACCAGCCCAACAAGAACUGGAUCCUCAGGGGCACUUUUAGCGGACUGAUCUGGGAAAGAAGAACCCACUCGCUGGUCAUACAGACCCUGACGGAGGACAAGACCUACGUGGAAAUUGACGUCGGGAACGUGGGGAACCCUGACAUCGAGGUUCCCUUCGUGAGGAACCUGUGCUGGCUUAAUAAAACCGAGUUCUGCUAUACGUGGGACUCGGUGGCCGAGGUGAAGAUCUCGCUGGAGGUGAAUGAGGAUACGGAGACGGAGUGCUACAGUAUGAGCUGGGCGCCGGUGCACUGUCAUGUGGAGCUGAAGGACUGCUUCUCCAUGACCAACGUGUCCUGGUACGGCGGUGCCAGCGUCCGUGGUCAGACGUGGCCAAUCAACGAUCAAAAUGCCACGAUGCAGCCCUUCAUCGUCAGCGACCUGAAGGACAACCCCUCCGGCUUCGGCUCGGCCCUGGAGCGCUACUUCCUGGGCUCGUCAGGUGUUGCGGUGCUUGUGUCUCCUGAUAUUCCCCUGCAGCUCGGAGUGGACAGCAGACAACAGUUCUGCCUGCAGUCACUGCCUAGUAUGGAGCGUCUCCCUCUGCAGUACACGGUGUGUGUGGCCCGCGACGUAAAAGCUGCUCACCAGGAAGCGGUGCAACAACUCUCCGAGCACAGCAGGGAGCUGCCCAACAUGAAAGCACUGUGGCUGCCGUUCUGGAAGCUGCUCGCCAACGUGGAUUCAGGGCCGAAAGUGGAGAGGGAGCUGAGGACCUUCUCUAACCGUCUGAGGAGACACCAGCUGGGGGAGGGAGUCAUCAGCCUCAACGAACAUUCCACCACCCUCCUCUCUGAUAUGGACCAUGACUACCUCAACAGCAGGAGAAGGGGGAUGUCCAAGAGACUGACCAGGGACCUCCCACUUGUCAAGCUUCUUAACAUUUCCAUCACUCUGUCCCCUUUCCUGGGCGUGGACACCACGCAGUUCCACACCUCCCUCGUGGACGGCACCGAGGCCUACUGGCUCAGCCUCCCCUCGGCCUCUCAGGGACAGCUGAUCCCUGUGAUGAGUCAGUGGCGAGGAAAGUUCUGCGUCAAGCUGAACAUCACCAACCCAGGAGCUGUGAGCUGGUUCCUGGACAGGGUGGGAUCCCUGCAGGCCCAUUUAGGAAUGGAGUACGUCAUGCUGGAGGGGGGUGAGGGGAAUCUGUUCGAGGAGCAGGCCCUGCGACCUCCACAGGUUCUGGGUGGAGACAAGUACAUCACCCACCUGGCUGACCUGGCCACCAGGAUAGGAGACUCCUCCAUCAUGACAGCAGGGACACGGUCGAGUCACAAGCCGCUGUUUGUGAGGAUGACCCCCCUGCAGUCUGACUGGAGCCCGAUGGGCCUGAGGGCCAUCAUUCCCUCCCUGCUGCACCACACUCUGCUGGGAUACAACUUCCUCAUUCCUGAUGCAGUAGGUGGCUCUCUGUCUGGAGACCUGGUCACAGAUGAGGAGUUGUUCAUCCGUUGGCUGGAGAUCGCAGCCUUCCUCCCCGUUAUCAGCUUCCACACACCACCCUGGGUCUGCGGCGAGGACCAGGUGCUAAACCUAACUCGGACCUACAUCGCGAAGCACCAGAGGGACGUGGUACCGCUGAUAGAGAAGUAUGCGGAGGAGUGGCAGAUGACGGGAAACCCCAUCUACCGGCCGAUGUGGUGGCUCAGUCCCAGUGACCCCAUGACCUUCACCAUCGAUGACCAGUUCCUCAUCGGAGACGAGGUCCUGGUGGCGCCGGUGGUGGAGAAGGGCGCAGUGCAGAGGGAUAUUUAUUUACCUGACGGGGGCUUCCAGUGGCAGGACAGCCAGAACGCGCAGGUGUUUGAUGGGGGGACGUUUCUACAGGACUACCCCGUCCCUCUGGAGGAGGUGGCUGUUUUCUCACGGAGAAGCUGAGUCACAUGACCGAUCCACUGAGUCACCUGACUUAUCCUGUUACUGUUUUGAAUCAAAUUCUUUUUUCUUUUUUUUUUUAAACAUACUUGUGCUGUUCUCAACUUGCACUUUUCCACUAAAGACCCCGUCUCAAGGCUCUGCUUUGAGAUGAUAUGUAGAAAGAUUUUUUUUAUACUUGCACUUUACAGUUCAAAAUGAUUUUGUCUUUAAUAUUUUUUUUUCCUUUUGUGACAUUUUUUUCUUUCUUUUUAAAAAAAAAUUGUUAAUCGGUUUUACCUCUCGGCUGAUUUGUUUCCGGAUUUUUUAAUCCGUUCUGCUUUUUUUUUUUUUGUAUAGUUCCGGAGAAAUCUGUGUGUUUACAUACUGCAUUUCUACAGUCUUUAAAUUUUUAGUCGCUGCUGGCUCUCUUGAUAAGGAGGAACAAAGCAAGCCCCUUGUUUGCUUCAACAAAUCUGAAUCUCUCAAGAAGACCAAAUGAAGAUAUAGAAAGACAGAGGAAGAUGACUGAAAGGGCUUUUUUUUUUUUUUUCGAGGGAAAUGCUUACUGGGAGGAAAUUAGAUCACAGAAAGCUGCAUACGGAGACAGACGCAGCGUGGUACUGUAUGUCCUGCUCACUCGUUGGAAAGGCUUCUACUUGAACCUAUCAGGCCGACGGGCUGAUGUUUUUAUGAAUGUACCUCAAGCUAUGGAUUUUCACUGCAUUACAAAGUCAUCUGACACAGCCACCUAUGACCCCUUCGCACAUAUUCUUAGCAUAGCUUAUCGACAUGCCACUGUUGGACGUAUCUGAAUGUUCCUUAGUACUGUACACCACAUGAACUUGAGGCCAAGCCACUGUCAUUGUAAAGUUGCAUAUAUUUGAAUUUAGAUUAGAUUUUACCUUCUUACUAACCUGCUGUAACAAGGGCUUUGAAAUGGGUGGCUCUUUUUUUAUUACUCCUUAAAUGACUAAUGCAGUGUUGAUACGGUCUUUAACAAGAGCCAGAUGAGGGUCUAAAGAGGGCUUUGCUGAUGACACUACACAAGCGGAAAGGAGAUUUGAAAUAAACCGCCUGACAUUUUGGGGAAAUAAGCUUACUUAGAUACUUUUUAUCUGUUUUGCUGAUAUCACUCACAUGUCUGUGUUGUAAAAAUGAAGCUACAACAAGCAGACGGUUAGCUGUGCAUGGGAAAACAGUGAGAUAGGCCCAAAGCUAACUUGGUUCUAAUGGUAACAAAAGCUGAGUGCUUCUAAAACUUACUGGUUAGGAGCUUAUUUCUCUGUCACUUAGAGGUGUAAUCUGUGGUUCUGGUAAAAGGUUGUUAGUAUUUAGCUAGUUAGCAUAUGAAGCUAGUAUUCUAAAUGAUUUGGACAGUAUCAGCCUUUAAAUGGUUAGUCACCAGUGCAUAUCCUUUUCUCCACCUGUAAUUCUGCUCAGUAAGCACAUAAUCAUCCCUUCUGAUCAUUCAUAAACAAACACUAGUCCCAGUAACUCCCAUGACCUCUUGUAGUUGUGUGAGUAUGUAUCUUCACUGGACAAAAUGGAGCUUUGGGACAUUUGGUCAGCUGGGUGUUCUUUAACCCAAGCCAUGACCAAUGAUCUAGACCCAACCAAGCAGUGUUGGUGCCUUCAUAUAACCAAAUAUCAAAUGAAUGACAAGUGGAAUAUUAAACUUAUCGUUACUGCCUGAAAUGGGUGGCCUACACCUCCUCCGAAUCAGACUUUGUACCUCUUUAUGUAUAUUUAGUACAUAUAUAUAAUGUAGUAUAUAAUUGCUAAAUUAUGUGGUACACCGCCUUUAAAUGAGGGAAUAAUGGAGCAUUAAAUGGGGUUAGAACAACUGAACCUCCUUGAAGGUGGAGUCCCAACCUUCCCAUAAGUGUGGGAACAAUGUCCGCUGAGAACACCUAUCGAAUCGUAUCCUCCUGCUCCAAUUGCCCCUUUUCCCCUCAUCUCCUCUUCCCAUUUCCUGUGUAUAAGUACACAUGUGCACAGGACACAGUGGUAUAGUAUUGUGUUGAUUGGCCCAAGCCAGAGUUUGUUUCCCAGAAAACAGACAGCGAGCAGACAUAUUUGUUGAAUUUGGCAGUGCUUAUUGUAUAUUGCAAUAAAAUCCCAUAUUCCACCUUUAAUCUGUGCAGAAAGCCCAAAGGUAAAAACAAGCUGCAAUUUUACAUUGUGUUAUAUAAUGAACUAUUUUUCUAACCCUCCCAUUUCCCAUUUCCAUGCAAAGCCAACCGUCUUCUGGUUGUAGACUUUCAGCUUAACAGGCACACAGGAGAAUGUGUCAAUUUUCUCAUCUCAUCAACGCUCAUCAAAAAAAGCUAAUGAGGUUAUUUCCCCGAAUGCUUCAUACACAAAUACUUAUCUAAGUGUUGCCGACAAAAAAAAAAAAAAAAGCCACCUCCAUGUUGGAUUUACAGGAAGUUGUUGACCGAAUCACAGAGGUGCACUGGUCACCUUUCAGAAACCUUCACAAGUAAUUCAUUUUCUGCCCUUGUGUGUAACUUGAAUUAACCUGCUGCUUGGACUGUCUUUGUAAAUACACUCGCUUCCAUCGCUUUCUUCAGUUGAGUCAAAAUGUUGUUUGAACCCUCACUAAAUGCUUUAAGCAAAUGCGAUGAGAUUUACUUUUGUGAUUAUAUUCAGAAUCUGCCCAUGAACAAACGUAAUCUUUACUUCAUGGUGCAUUGCUCUACAUGUGUUUAGCUAGUGCUCUUUGUCAGCGCUUAUCUUUAUUGAUUUGUUCUUCACAAGAUAAUCUUAACUGGCCAGCAGUGAUGAUACAGACUCGGGAAACUUACCGCUUAGUGACUGUUACCACUGAACUGAUUGUGUAACUUUGAUCUAACAAGUUUACUGUAUCAACUCAAACACUCAGGUCUAAUGAAGCUUAUCAGAUCACCAAAUGUCUUAGUGCAACGCAGUAUGUUGUGAACACACUGACGUCUUAAUCUCUCCCAGAGCAGAAUGUACAACGGACACACUGUGACUUCCCACAGCCCUUCGUGUGAGGAGCUUUUCUAGUUCCCGUUUUAAUGCUUUUAUGGAAUGCUGUGGUAUGUUCACUUUUGAGUUGCGAGAAAAGCUUUGAUGUGUUAUUCCUUCCCUCUGCAGACUGCGCGAACCAUGUGCCUUAAUGUACCACUCUUAAGUCUGGGCGACACGAGUGUCUGGAUUAUUGCAGAAUCAGCAAUGUACAUAUUACGAUGACUGUGCCAUUACAAGUGUUGUUUUUUUCUCUUCUGUAAAUCAGAGAACGUAGAAUGACAAAGUUGCAAUAAAGUUUACAUUUUCUUACUUCAA